AUGGAAUUUAAACGUAAAGAGCUGUUCUCAAAAAUCUGUGACAUUUUGAAAAAUAACAAAGGAGAUCAUUUGACCUUUGACCCCUCUGAGGAGGAAGACACAGGUUUGAGGAUCACUUUGAUCGGUAAAACUGGCAGUGGAAAGAGCUCCUCAGGAAACACCAUUUUAGGAAUAACGGCGUUUACAGCAAAUGAAAGUCAACUCCCAGUCACCAAAGUUUGUCAGAAAGAAGAAACUACAUUUGAUGGACGUCGUGUUGCUGUGGUGGACACUCCUGGACUGUUCGAUACAAACAUGACACAUGAUGAAGUUGAUGUGGAAAGGUUCAAAUGCAUCAGUUUGCUGGAUCCAGGGCCACACGUCUUUCUGUUGGUGCUUCAGUUUGGAAGAUUCACACAAGAAGAAAGAAAUGCUGUAGAACUGAUCAAAAAAGCAUUUGGUGAAGGAGUAGUAAAGUUUAUGAUCAUUCUGUUCACACACGGAGAUCAGCUGAAGGAAUCUAAGACGUCUAUAGAGGAAUUUACUAAAGAAUGUGACGAUACCUUUAAGCAGCUGCUCAAAGAAUGUGAAAACAGGUUUCAUGUGUUUAACAACUGUGACAUGGAAAACCGCACUCAGGUCAAAGAGCUGCUGAAGAAGAUCGAUGAGAUGGUGAAGAAGAACGGAGGAGAAGACUGUUACACCAACGACAUGUUACUAAAGGCCGAAGCGGCCACUAAGAGAGAGAUGGAGAGAAAAAUAAAAGAGAUGGAGAGAAAAAUGGAGAAAAUGGAGAGGAAAAAUUGAGGAAAUAGUAAAAAAAGUGGAGAAAAUUAAGGGUAAAGAGUGAGAGAGAAAAGGAGGAGAGGAGAGA